AUGGGCUUUGUUGUUCUCCCAGCUACCCUCCCUGAAAUUCGUGCCAUUUACGAUGUCUGGUUUGCCGCCUUCAAAGGCCAAUUGAUCCUCGACCUGAUCUACCCCGAAACCGAAUUGCAUGACGAGCAAUUCCGUAAAACUCAUGCCGAAGGGACUCUCGAAUAUUGGAAAGGUUUGAGCAUGGAGCACACCUUUCAAUGUAUUGACACCGACACUGGAAACAUCGCCGGAAUGGCAACAUGGCAAGUCUACUGGCGCGAAAGAACAGACGAAGAGCGUCAAAAGCCAUGGAUUGGAUGGCUGGAGGGAGACCAAAGAGCCCGCGCAGAGGGAUUUUUGGAACAACUUUGGGAGAAGAAAGAAAAGUUCCUUGGGGCGAAGAAGCAUGUGUAUUGUCACACACUGGCAGUUCACCCGAAUUACCAAGGCCAAGGUGUCGGAGGGCAGCUUAUGAAAUGGGGAAUGGACGUUGCUGAGCAAUUGAAUUUGCCUAUCUAUCUCGAAUCUACAGUGGAGGGUGUUCCUUUAUACAAAAGGCUGGGGUUCAAGACCUUAUCUGAUAGUAUUGUGUUCAAGCCUGAGAUUACUAGGGUUGAAAGAGAGGUCAAGGCACCAUUGAUGGUCAAAAUGCCUAAAGCUGCAGGAAAUACGACAUUCGAGGAAUGGGCGGCUAACUAA